CAGAAAUGCGGCGUUAUGCGGCGACAGCCACAGACCUGUAUUUUCGUGUUGGGAGGAAAGAUGGCGGCGGCCGAACCAGAUAUGGAGCCAGCGUCUGCUCCAUGUUCGGAAUUUCUCAACUUCUCCGCCAAAGACACCGCUGCGCGCUGGUUAACGGCGGUCGAUCUGCAGCAGGACGUAUUCCGACACCUGGCCGUGUAUGUUCCCAGAAUUCUUUGCCUCGGUCCGACAGGGGUGAACAGCAGGGAGGAGCAGAGGGAGGAGCUAGCCUGUCAGCUGCUGCUCCUGGCUCCUCUGGAAUGGCUUCUCCUGGGGGAGGAGCCUGCCGCUGGAUUGGCGCGUCUCCAGGAGAACAACCAGCCGUCCCCGCUGUGUGGACACGUGUUUAAGGUGGGAGAGCCCACCUACUCCUGCAGGGAGUGUGCCGCUGAUCCCACAUGUGUUCUGUGCAUGCAGUGUUUCCUGGGCAGUGUCCACAAAGACCAUCGAUACAGGAUGACCACGUCAGGCGGUGGAGGUUUCUGUGACUGUGGAGACUCUGAGGCCUGGAAGAAAGGUCCUUACUGUCAGAAACACACACCCACAGACACUAGCAGAGACACUGAGGAGGACCCUGUUGCUCAGCUUCCAGCUGACGUGGUUGCCCGUUGUUUCAGCAUCUUCUCCAUCAUGCUGAGGUACGCUGUCGACCUUCUGACCUGGGACCAGGAGGACGAGCUGCCCGCAGGACUCAAACCACCGGAUAGAGCAGACACCUUCUACUGCAUGUUGUUUAAUGAUGAAGUCCACACGUAUGAGCAGGUGAUCUACACGCUGCAGAAAGCCGUCAACUGCAGCCAAAAAGAGGCUGUAAGCUUUGCCACGACUGUCGACAGAGAGGGCAGGAAGUCUGUUCGUUAUGGAGACUUUCAGUUCUGUGAACAGGCCAAGUCCAUCAUCGUGAGGAACACCGGCCGCCAGUCGAAGCCGCUCCGCGUUCAGGUGAUGCACUCAUCUGUCGUCGCUCAUCAGUGUUUUGCUCUGAAGACACUCACCUGGCUGGGUCAGAUCAUUCAGUACUCUGAUGGUCUUAGGAGAAUUCUCUGUCAGGUUGGACUUCAGCAGGGUCCUGAAGGAGAGAACUCGUCCCUGGUCGACAGACUGAUGCUCAACGACUCCAAGAUGUGGAAAGGAGCCAGGAACAUCUACCACCAGCUGCUCAUGAACAGUCUCCUCAUGGACCUCGAGUACAAGAAGAUCUUUGCCAUUCAGUUUGCCAAGAACUAUGAACGACUGCAGAGCGACUAUGUGACGGACGACCACGACCGUGAGUUCUCCAUCACUGACCUCUCCGUGCAAAUGUUCACCGUCCCGUCACUGGCGCGGAUGUUGAUGGUGGAGCAGAACCUCAUGAGCACGAUCAUCAGGACGUUUGUGGAUCACCUCCGUCACAGAGACCUGCAGGGACGAUUCCAGUUCGACCGGUACACGGCGCAGCAGGCCUUUAAGUUCGGCCGAGUCCAGAGCCUCAUCGGAGACUUGAAGUACGUCCUGAUCAGUCGUCCCUCUGAAUGGACCAAUCAGCUCAGACUGAAGUUUCUAGAAGGUCUGGAUGCUUUUCUGGAGCUGCUCAAGUGUAUGCAGGGUAUGGACCCGGUGGUGAGACAGGUUGGACAGCACAUAGAGAUGGAGCCUGAAUGGGAGGCAGCGUUCACACUGCAGAUGAAACUCACUCCCAUCAUCUCCAUGAUCCAGGAGUGGUGCUGCACUGAUGAGCACGUGUUGAUCGAGGCGUACAGGAGGUGUCUGAGCGCGCUCAGUCAGUGUCACAGUGGCCUCCCUGAUGGUGAGCAGCCAAUCAGCUUGAGUUUGGCCGGACACUGUGUGGAGACGUUCAGGUACCAGGUGUCCCAGGAAAAGGUGUCCAUACACCUGCCGGUGUGCAGACUGCUGGCAGGUCUGCAUGUUCUGUUGAGCAGGACUGAGGUGGCCUCACGUGUCCCUGAGCAGCUCCCCCUGGGUGAACUCAGCCCUCCCCUACUGAUUGAGCUCCCCCUCCGCUGCCUGGUGCUCUGUGCCCAAGUGCAUGCUGGGAUGUGGAGGAGGAACGGCUUCUCCCUGAUCAACCAGAUCUAUUAUUACCACAAUGUGAAGUGCAGAGUGGAGAUGUUUGACAAAGACAUCAACAUGCUGCAGGUGGGGGCAUCCAUGAUGGAUCCAAACCACUUCCUGAUGAUUGUUAUGAGUCGAUUUGAACUUUUCCACAUAUUCAGCUCUGCGGACGUCAGGAAGAGAUACAGAGAGGCCAACAAGGAUGUGGUCCAGCAGAACAACACACUGAUUGAGGAGAUGCUUCACCUCAUCAUCAUGGUCAUCGGUGAGCGUUAUGUGUCAGGUGUUGGACAGGUGGCGCCCUUUGAUGAGGUCAGAAGAGAAAUCAUCCACCAGCUGUCGAUCAGACGGAUGGCUCACAGUGAGCUGGUGAAGGCUUUACCUGAGAAUGGGAAUAAGGAGACAGGUCUGGAGCGAGUCAUCGACAGCGUGGCUUCAUUCAAGGAACCAGGUGUGACGGGGCGUGGCCUGUAUGAGCUGCGUCCUGAGUGGAACAAACACUUCAACCUGUACUUCCAUCACUAUAGCAGAGCCGACCAGUCCAAGGCGGAAGAGGCUCAGAGGAAGCUGAGGAGACAGAAUGGUGAAGACACAGCCCUCCCUCCCCCUCCCCUCCCCCCCCUCUCCUCCCUCUUUGCCAGUCUAGUGAACCUGCUGCAGUGUGACAUGCUGCUGGCCAUAGAGGGCGCUGUGCUGCAGUGGGCUGUGGAGCCCAGUGGGGGGGGCUGGACUGAGUCCAUGCUGCAGAGGGUGCUCCACCUGGUGGGCAUGGCUCUGCUGGAGGAGCAGCAGCAGCUGGAGAACAGCAGCAUAGACGAUGACAUCGUCACCUUCAACUACACCUGCAAGAUCACACGUCCAGGUGAGUCUCCCAGUCCUUCUGGAAGUGUCCUCGCUCUGUUGGAGUCUCUGCAGAACGCUCCUCACCUGGAGGUUCAUAAAGACAUGAUCACCUGGAUCCUCAAGAUGGUGACAAACAUUAAAACAAUGAGAGAGCGAACGUCUGCGACGUCCAGCUACACCAUGAGUCCAGGAGCUGGACAGGAGGAGACAGUCAGAGACCGCGACAAGGCGGAGAGGAAGAGGAAGGCGGAGAUGGCUCGUCUUCGUCGUGAGAAGAUCAUGGCUCAGAUGUCGGAGAUGCAGAAACAUUUCAUCAACGAGAACAAAGAACUGUUUCAGCAGAGUCUGGAGGAGUUGGAGGCGUCGACGUCAACGGCCGCACACUCCAGUUCCCCUGGUUUGGUGCCGACCUGCGUCUCACAGGUGUGUGUUGGUCCCAGGAGAGUGGGCGGAGCUGAUCAACGUCAGCUGGUCACCUGUAUCCUGUGUCAGGAGGAGCAGGAGGUCAAAGGUCACGGCAGAGCAAUGGUGCUGGCUGCGUUUGUCCAGAGGUCAACUGUUCUGUCUAAAAACCGCCACCGCAGUCUGCCCAACCCAGAGCGGUACGACCCUGUGUUCCAGCACCCUGAUCUUUCUCUGGGGAUUUACACAGCCAGCUGUGGGCACAUCAUGCACGCUACCUGCUGGCAGAGGUACUUUGAGGCCGUGCAGGUGAAGGAGCAGAGACGUCAGCAGCGUCUCAGAGGUCACACCAGCUACGACGUGGAGAACGGAGAGUUUCUGUGUCCACUCUGUGAAUGUUUGAGCAACACAGUGAUCCCUCUGCUGCCCUCUACUCCCUCACCUGACAACAGUGUCGAUCAUCCCUCUCUGGAAGCUUGGAUCAACACAACCAAUCAGCAGAUCGCAACACUACACUCCGCCUACAGGAGGCAAACUGAUGGUGCAGCAGAGGAGGCGGAGCCUGAAGCUCCUGAAGGUUUCAGAGUGGACUUCACUCCACAGAGCUCGUUCUCCAGCAGCAUCAGUGAGAUGAUCAACACCUUCAGUCUGUCCACGUACAAGGUCACACUGAAACUCAACCCUAACGACGCCGACCCUCGAGUCCCUGUGCUCAGCUGGUUCACCUGUGCCUACACCAUCCAGAGUAUAGUGUGUGUCUUUGUAGAGCGCCUCCUGAUGGAUGAGGACAAGCCACUGUUUGGAAGUUUACCUUGUAGACAGGACGACUGUCUGAGUUCUCUCACUAGGUUCAGUUCAGCAUGUUGGACUGCAGCUCCACUGAAGACAACACACACACACUUCUUCAGACUGUUUAAAGCUCUGGUUCCAGACUCUCAGGAUGAAAACACUCCAUGUGUCAUUGACAUUGACAUGCUCCACCUGCUGGUUUACACUGUGUUGUCCUACAGCUCAGUAAAGAGUCUGGACCAAUGUGGUCGCAGUGGUGUUGACUCCGCCCACUUGCACAUCCUCCACCUGAUCAUUGUGGCUCACAUGGUUCAGAUUCUGCUCACGUCCACCACAGAGGAUGUGUGUAUGGAUCAGGACAGUGAAGGCUCAGAGGAGGAGGAGCUUACCUGUCGGCUCUAUGACACACUGAGGAAACACCUGGGCAGUGCGUUACCUGAAGUGACCUCUGGUUGGCAGUUGUGGCAUUGUGUCAAAGCCGCCAUCUUACCAUUCCUCCGAGCCGCCGCCCUCUUCUUCCACUACCUGAACUCUACAGCGCCCCCUGCUGACCUACUGGUAGCAGGUCCUGGUCAGUGGGAGGCGCUGUGCAGUUACCUGAGUCUGCCCUGCAACCUGCUGCAGGUUUACCAGAGCCAACACACACUAAUGGAGCUGCUCAUACACAGGUGGUGUUGUCAUCCAGGUGUGAAGCGGUCACUGCAGGGGGGCGGAGUCAUCGUCAGGUUCCCCAGAGAAUCAAACAGACUGAUCGAUCUUCCAGAAGAUUAUAGUGUCCUGAUCUACCAGGCGUCCAGCUUCACGUGUCCUCGUUCAGGUGGAGACAAGUCCCGCGCUCCGACCUUGUGUCUCGUGUGCGGCGCCAUGUUGUGUUCUCAGAGCUACUGUUGUCAGACAGAGGUGGACGGUGAAGACGUCGGCGCCUGCACCGCACACACCUUCACCUGUGGGGCGGGGCUCGGACUCUUCCUCAGAGUCAGAGAGAGUCAGGUGUUGUUUGUUGCAGGUAAAUCUAAAGGUUGUUUUUAUCCUCCUCCGUAUCUGGACAACUAUGGAGAAACUGACCAGGGACUCAAGCGCGGGAACCCCCUCCACUUGUGUCGGGAACGUUAUCGGAAGAUCGAGCGUCUGUGGCGACAGCACGGCAUCGCCGAGGUCAUAGGUCACGCUCAGGAGGCCAAUCAUACGCUCAUCACCAUCGACUGGCAGCACCUGUGAUGUUCAGCAUGGCUCCGCCCCCUCAUAAAGACGACGAGCAAAUGCUGUCAAGCUUUUGACCCCGCCCAUUUUUGUAUGCGUCAGCCAGUCAGCUUCCUGCAGCCUUCAGGGAUUUUUCACACCAAUCAGAGUGAGACAAGUGACGUGAAGCUCCGCCCACCUGAACAGGUGAAACACGUGAUCACCACUCGUCUCAGGUUGUGCUUUCGCUUUGCAUCAUGGGGGAAAUAUCUGGUUUAAGAAGCCGCCGCCCACUUUUCGGAUUGGAAAGAUGUUAAAUAGGAGUGUUUUUGUUUUUUUUCUGACGAUCAGCCAAUCACAGAGCUGCUGUGAUCGAGCAGCUGAUGGUUUUAAGGGUUUUUAUUUAAAAGUGUUUUUUAUUUGUUUCAGAACAGAAACACAUGUUGACGUCGGAGACAUUGUUUACGUUUUUUAAAUCGAUCGCGGAUGAGCUGAUGUGACGUCGUCGAUCACCUCUGACAUGUUAAUAUGUGAAUUCUUGUAUAAACGAGGAAAUGUACGAUAUUCUAGAAGAAUUAAAAACAAAAAAAUAAAUAAAAACUUGAAAAGGA